UAAAUUAUUGCAUAUGAUGUAAUUAAUUUUUUAAUAAAACAGUAAUGCAGAACGUACAUGUAUUUAGAAAUAAAUUUAAUUUUACUUUUUCAAUUUACUUAAUUGGCUUAUAUCAUUGGCCUUUGCUUUAAUACAUCUCCUGACUGUUAGGCGUUGGCAUUGCAUAUCCGCGCAAACGCCCUAACAGUAUCACAAUAAUUUUUAAUAUAAUUCACUUGGUCAUAUGUUCUAUUAUUUUAAUAUAUGACAUGAUACGUUUCUUCUUUAAUGAUACGUUCUUUGCUCUUGAAGGCGACAUAUUCAAGUUUAUGGACACACAAAAGAAUAUAUUUUUAAAAUUGCAAUAAUGCCUUCCUUCGGGAUUAUUUUAUACUUAAAAUAGCUUAAAGAAUAAAUAUUUUUUGAUUUAGAAUAAAUUAUCUUUACAGCAAAAUUAAACAUUUUUAAAUUAAUGUAAAGGCAGCAUUUAAUGAUCGCAUCAAGGUAUAUAACGUUUAAGAAUAAAAUUUACUUGCAGCAAGAUCUAUUUCUUUGUGUGAUGUGGUAAAUAAUUUUUUCGUUGAUGAAUUCAAGAUAAAAUGUUGCGUAUUGAUGGGAUAGGCAUAAUAUCGCUAUGAGAUAAGACGGCCGCAGGAGGAUCAUAGACGCCAUAGAUAGUUUAUCGACAAAAAUCGCGUAACGAGCUAUCGCUUUUUGUAAUCGCUUUCUUGUUAGGUAACUAAAGUGGUGGCUAAUAAAAUUAAUUAAUUAAAUUCUCUGGGUUGAUAUGUGAUAACGCCGUACCUUAAAGUAACACAUAUAUGCAUAUUUAUUUUGUAUGCAUAUGUGCGUACCGAGACAUGCGUGCGUGCGUGCAUGCUUACGCGCGCGCGCGCAUGACUUCUUCUCACUCUGCUGUACAACUGUUAUAUGCAGUAUCAAGGCGUGCGCUUGUUAAAGUGUUCAGAAAUAUAUUACUACAGAAAAAGUUUACUAUAAUAUCUUGUCUACGAAAUAUUUUGUGUCAACCGGGAGUUUUAAUGUAAUCAGCACUCUUUUGCAAAACGUCAAUUAGCAAGAAAAUAAUAGAGGAAUAAAAGAAACGAAAAUGGAGGAGGUUCAUGAGCCAGUACACGACAAUUUGCCGUCGAUAGAGCACACCUUACGUCCAAUAUCUUACACAUCUUGGUUCAUGGGCGUGGGAAUUGCACGUCCGCUAAAGUGUCCAAAGUAUGUGACGAUAGUCAUACGUAUCAUUCACCUGGUUCUAUGUACAGCAAUCCUAAUAGCAUACUCCGAAUAUCUUUUCACUUCGUACAUAAGUGUAUACAUGUUCAAGUAUAUCCUAGAUUGGAUGUCAUACGUCGUGUCGGGAUAUUAUUACAUUUAUCACGGAAUCAGGCAAUAUGACAAGUGGCCGGAGCUAAUGGAUAAAAUGAUGGAGCUUGAUCGUAAAAUUAGAAGGGAAACAUACAUGAAUGAUCAGCCGGUAAAAAACAUGGAAGCAAUAAUGAUUCUCAUGACUUUUAUAUGUUGCCCUGUGUUGAUGAUUAUGUACUCCGUGUAUUACUAUAUGUUUGAUUAUGACAUUCCCACAGUCACAUUGUUGUUAUACUACAUGAUAGCACAGUCGUUGAUCAUCAGCUUCGUCUUUGAUAUUGUCGUUUAUGUGCUGUAUUACAGAUAUCAAACGAUAAAUAAGUUGAUCAGUCAUUUGGAUAAUCUGUCUGAUGCAUCAUUGAUGGCGCUCAAAAUUAGACACAUUAGAGAAUUGCAUAAUGAUAUUUGUGAUAACGUUAUUAUGAUAAACGAUAUUCAUGGUCUUCAUCUUCUUCUCUGCUCGGCAAACUGCUUCUGCAUAGUUGCGACUUCACUAUUCAAUGUCUACUUAAGAAUCGAGAAGGAAGACUAUCAGUCUAUAUUGAUUUAUAACAUGGAAUCGAUUAUAUACUUCAUGCAAUUUGGUUUGAUUUGCUGGAUUUGCACACUCGCGCGUCAAGAAUUUGACAAAACCAAGAUAAUUAUAUGCAGAAUUGGAUUGAAAUGCAAAUCUGUGAAUUUUGAUAAACUAAACGAUGUAAGGAAUCAAUUAAGUUUAGAAGUGCGUCCGCCAUUGGAAGACGCGGACAGCGGACAAAAUUCUAAUUGGAGUAACAAUCACGAUUGGAAUUACGUUGUCACGGAAAAUCUUUUGGGUAAAAUUCUGGAUCGAGACCACGUCAGAAACGAAAUCAAUGACUUUUUGAUUCAACUGCAACAGCGUCAAGUAUCAUUUACAGCCUGCAAUUUCUUCGAAAUCAACAAUAAUUUGUUCUGUGGUUUUGUCGGGGUAAUCUUUACUUAUAUAAUAGUCCUUAUUCAAUUUAAACAUAGCGACAAUGUGUAGAUUGCCCAAUGGUCUGCAUCGGAUCUUAGUGAUAAUUAUAAUUUUUCUAUUAAAUUGAAUUUCUUAGCUUUAUUUUAAACUGCGCGCUGCCAGGUUUUUUCAGUCUUGAAACACAAUUACUAAGCUAAAUGUCGAUGCUCAAGAGCAUCUUAGAAUACUCCGUUCUUUCUUUCCCGAGAAACUAAAUAAAUUUAUUGCAAAAAAAAUAUUUUAGCCGCGAUUCGAACCCGGAUCUCUCAACAUUCCGUGCGGGCGUCCUAGCUAAUUCGAUCACUAAGACAUGGUAUUAUUCUUCGCAAUAACCAGUAUAUUUUAAAGCACUGCACGUCCUUUCAAGUUUAUUAUAUUUAACCAAUAAUCCGAGAAACUAAACAAAAACAGAGUGCAGAUUAAAUUGGUAAUUUGUUAAUAGUAUAUAAAUAUUAUCUGUUAAAAUAAGUUAUAAUUUGUAAUAUACAUAUAUGUUUAUUUUUAAUAAAUUUAUUUGGGAUUAAUGAAUGUUGUAUAUUGUCGCACAAGGGAAAUCACGAGGGUUGUUUCUUUUUAUUAAUCCUCCGUAGUUACACUUCGGAUUUUUAACAAGUUGGUCGCAUGGAGUGCGUUGCACCCCAAUGAAUAUUUUCAGGGUUUUAUUACAAUUAUUUAACAUUUUUUAACUUUUGACUAGUAUUGAUACAUUAUUAAAGGGCUUAAGAAUGAGUUGAUAUGUGACAACGCCUAGAAACCACGGUCUGGAAUUACGUUUAUACAUAUAUUUAUUUCGUAUGUAUGCAGCGCGCGUGUAUGUGUGUAUGAAAGUGUGUUGUGUGUGUGUGCGCGCGCAUGUCAUGCAUGACUUUAUGAUCUUUCUGUUGUACAAUUGCUAUAUGCAGUAUCAAGCAGAAUUCAAAGCGUGCGCUUGUUAAAGUAUGCAGAAAGAUUUUACUAUCUUGUCUACAAAAUAUUUUGUGCCGUUUUACGAAGGAGUUUUAAUGUAAUUGGCAUUUACAAAACGCCGAUUAGCAAAGAAAAUAGUCGACGAAAAUGGAGGAGAUUCAUGUGCCAGCACAAGACAACUCGCCAUCGAUAGAGCACACCUUGCGUCCAAUAUCUUACACGUCUUGGUUCAUGGGCGUGGGCGUUGCACGUCCGCGAAAGUGUUCAAUGUUUCAAACAAUUUAUUUGCGUUUCGGUCACAUGGUCAUAUGCACAACGUACCUAAUACAACAUAUCAGAUACGCUUCUCACAUGUCUUUCGUUUUUAACAUGGAUGUAUUUAAGUUCAUGUAUGUCAUAGAUAGGGCGACAGACUUCGUGUCGACAUAUUACUAUAUUUAUCACGGAAUUAGACAGUAUAACAAGUGGCCGGAGCUAAUGGACAAAAUGAAGGAGUUUGACCGAAAGAUCAAGAGAGAAACACAUACGAAUGAUCAGCCAGUAAAAAAGUUGGGAGUAAUAGCGAGUCUCAUGACUUUCGCGUGUUGUCCUGUGUUGAUAGUUGUGCAUGCCCAAUAUUUGAGCUAUCUAAAUUUGAAAAUUAGAUAUUUUGACUUGUUGAUUUAUUACACGACAGCACGGUCAUUGAUCAACAGCUUCGUCUUCGACAUUGUCGUUUAUGUACUCUAUAACAGAUAUCAAACGAUAAAUAAAUUGCUCGACCAAUUGAAUGAACUAUCUGAUGCGCCAUUGAUUGCGUUCAAGAUUAGACGCAUUAGAGAAUUGCAUAAUGGUAAGUCUUUGCAAAUAUUAUUUUUUGUGUUGUAAUUAAAUGAUAUAAAUUUAUUUAGCGCGAGAUAUAAUUUGAUACUGUCUAGGAACAAAUUGCGAUUAUAUCAAGAUGUGAUUCAAUUAUGAAUUCUGUUAUAUAGAUAUUUGUGAUCUCGUGAGUACGAUAAACGAUAUUCAUGGUUUUCAUCUUCUUCUUUGUUCGGCAAACUGCUUUUCUAUAAUCGUGAUUAAACUGUUCUUGACAUACAAAUAUGUAAAAAGUGGUUACGAUGA